AAAUAAAGGCGUACUGUCCCUUUAAAUGACAACACCUCCCAGCAGUCCCCGGCUCUCGGCUCAGUGUCUCACUGCAACACACCGGUGGUGCUUCAUCCUCCAGACGCACGGACAGUACCACGCAGCCGAACCCCACGAAGGAGCGUCCGCCGCCGUCGAAAAUCCGCCUGUCUCUUCUUCUUCUUUUCUUUUUCUACCGACGUGACAACGGGAGCGCGAGAAAGCUGCGCGCGCGCGCGCGAGUCCGUCUGCUCGCCACAGAGUUUUCACCGUGGACUCUCUCCGGUGAACCGGACUGACGGCGGAGUGAAACACGGAGAAAUACUUCACACGACAGCAUGAGUGGAGCAGCGGGCGGCGUCGGCCAGCACCCGGGUGGCGCGUUAAGGAGACGUAGCACUGGUUAAGUCGGACGGCGCAGUCGGUAUUCUUUGGGGCCCAUCUACGGCCGGGCAUGGACUAUUGGUGCGCGUCCUCACGGCUUUGGGCUUAGUUCCGACGCGGCGCAACCGUGCGCCUUCCUUCCGUGGCUGGUAGCGCAAAGAACAGGUGGAUCCUGUUCCUGUCUUCAUCUUAACCCCCAACCCCCCCUCUCCCGAAGCAUCCGCCUGCCACCUUUAUGGGUAACCAGGUGGAGAAACUAACUCAUUUGAAUUACGCAGAGGUACCGACGUCCGAUCCAAAUGGGUUCGACCCGGACGACGACGGACCGCGGAUCGGCGUCUCCUACAUUUUCUCCAACGACGACGACGACCAGGACGACCAUUUGGACCGCUUUUCGCAGGACACCCACGUGGCCAACCACGAGGAGAAGCCUUUCGACCCCGAGGACCAGCUGCCGUGCGCCAUUUACUACCGAGACGAGUGCGUCUACGAGACGAACCCCGCAGCCGCGACCCACUCUGCGGAAAGUCUCCUGAACAAGUGCAGACCGGGAGACCUGCUGGAGUUCCUGGCCACCGGACAGUACCCCCACUGGGCCGUGUACGUGGGGGACUUCCAGGUGGUGCACAUGCACAGGGCCGAGAUCAAGAACAACUUCUUAACCGAUGUGAGCCAGGGCAAAAAAGGCCGGAUAGUGAACGGCCUCUACAGGUACCGCGCGCUCCCGCCGGAGGUGAUCGCGCGCAACGCCCUGGACCACGUCGGCUCCAGAGACCGAGAGCUGUACUGGAGGAACUCUGAGUGCUUCGCAGCUUGGUGCCGGUUUGGCAAACGGGAGUUUAAAAUCGGAGGGGAGAUACGGAUAGGGAAGCAGCCGUACAGGUUGAAAUUGCUCUUUUCAGAGAAGAAGAGUCACGUCCUGGAGUUUCAGAGCCUGGAGGACGUGAUCAUGGAGAAGAGGAGGAACGAUCAAAUUGGCAAAGAUGCUGUGAUGCAAGAGAUGGCCAACCACUUGAACGCAACACACGAAAACAACAAAGAGGAGCAGGUUGUCAACUGACAGUGGAUGCUCUCUUUAAGAAAAAAAUAUUAAUCUUUGUGUUGUUGAGGGAGCCUUCGUCUCCGGGUCCCGCACUGCCAAACCAAACACGACCGUAACAUGGAGUAAUAAUGUAACAUUUGUUUCCUCCAAAAUGAGAGGAAAGGCCCUGCUAUCCGGGUGCAUAAGCAAAGAGGAUCACAAGGGUCAAAAUAAAAAUCCCCAAAAGUUUGAUUUGAUGAAAGUGGCAAAUGUCCCCCCCAGCUUUAGUAAAAAUAUAAUUUUUACACUCUCAUAUGAAUUGAAUCGUUAUGAUGGAUACAUUUGCCUCUGGGGAUGAAAUCAGAAUUUGAAUUACAAUCAUUACCUUUCUAAUCCAAUGAAUCGUUGCACAGUGGAGCUAAACUUGUGGCAGGUGAGGGGGCUGAGAGCACCUGCUCCUGUACAACUCAGGUGAGGGUGAUCAAGACGUCUUGGACCAGAGACAAAUACUUUUUACUCUUUGUUAAUGUGGGCCAUGAGCAACCGCUCCAUAAUGUCUUGCAUCCAAUCAUCAUUCAGCUUUACGCACUUCUACACAUCUACGAUUCAUCGACUGAUUCGUCCAUUUCAACAGUUUAUUUUUUUGGAAAAAGAUGUUUGUAUAAAGGAAUAUGAAAAUAAAUAUAUAUUUGAAUGGUU